AUGUGGCGCUUUGCUGGUUUCUCUUGGCUGUGUCUGGCAGCCAACGCGCAACAUGUGUUCUGGACCUUCCAGACUGGGACAAGUGGCUAUGUUUGUCAUUAUGCACAGAUCGAUUCCUCUGACAAUCUCGUCCUGGCAGGCUACACCGAAGGCAGCUUGGGAGGCAACACGAACGCGAGAAGCAAUGACAUUGUAGUCAUGAAGCUUGACAGCCAGGGGCUGCUUCACUGGACCUUUCAAACAGGAACUUCAGUCUCAGACUGGGCUGAGUCGGUUGACAUCGAUGAUGGCCAGCUGGGUACCAAUUCCAACGCUGACGGCGACGACGUUUUUGUCAUGAAGCUUGAUAGCACAGGCUCCCAUCUCUGGACCUUUCAGUCAGGAAGCAGUGCAGGGGAGAUUGCUUAUUCAGUUGUCAACAGCGCAUUUGGCGACGUUGUCACCGCAGACAUCACCGAAGGUGGGCUGGAUGGCAACUCAAACGCAGGCAGCUGGGAUCUUUUCGUCACAAAGCUGGAUAGUGCAGGUUCACGUCUUUGGACGUACCAGGCCGGGACUAGUAGUUCUGACAUCGCAGCUGCAGUUGAUAUUGAUGCUUCAGGGAAUAUCGUGGUGGUCGGCCUCACCGCUGGUGGAUUGAGCGGCAACUCGAACGCUGGCAACGAGGACAUCUUUGUUACGAAGCUCCAUAGCUCAAUGUCCCACCAAUGGACCUAUCAGACGGGAACCACUGGGACCGACGUGGCCCUGGCAGUUCGAAUUGAUUCUUCCAGCGACUCAGUCGUGGUAGGGCACACGCAAGGUGCAUUGCACGGGAACUCCAAUACCGGCGGAGACAAGCUGGAUGGCACAGGAUCUAGGAAGUGGACGUACCGGACGGGGACCAGUGAAGCCGACUGGGCCAUCGCGACGGCCCUUGAUGUUUCUGGCAACAUCCUGGUGACUGGCUUCACGUUGGGCGGACUUCAUGGGUAUUCCAAUGCUGGUUCCAGGGAUGUUUUCGUGCUGGAGCUCGACAGCGCGGGGUCCUGGCAGUGGACCUUCCAAACGGGAACCAGCAGUUUUGACGUGCCCAGAGCGAUUCGGCAAGAUUCGUCCCGCAACAUCUUGUUAGCCUGCUUUACAAGAGAUGUUGCGUUUGAUGGUCAUUCCAGCGCUGGCAGCUAUGACAUGUUUGCCAUGAAGCUGAGUGGACCAACAACGACCAGCACUUCUGCGAGUACCACCCUAACCACUGUCACCAGCACGAGGACCAUGACCAUGACUCUCACAACAAGAAGUUCUUCGAGUACAACAAGCACUUCUUCGAGUGCUACCAGCGCAACACGAAGUAGCACUUCUUCGAGUUCCACCACCAACAAGAAGUUCUUCGAGUACAGCAAGCAUUUCUUCGAGUUCUACCACCGUAACAAGAAGUUCUUCAAGUACCACAAGCACAAGAAGUUCUUCAAGUACAACAAGCACUUCUUUGAGUUCCACCACCGCAACAAGAAGUUCUUCGAGUACAACAAGCACAUUUUCGAGUGCGAGAAGUACUUCUUCGAAUACAACAAGUACCUCCUCGAGUGCUACCACGACGUCAUGACGGGUGCCAUCCAGAUGGAGGUGGCCCAGGCUGCGGAGUUCUUGGAGGAUGCAGGCGUGGUCCCUGGCCUUGUGGCCGCGCUCGCCAUGACAAUGGGGGUGCAAGCGGUGGACGUCCAGGUGACCGCCUUCAGGAGCCUUUUUGCCGGCUCCGGCAGGGCGAAUGUUGAAGUGCGCUUCGCAGUUUUCCUACCAGGUGUCAAGAGGCUUCUGGAAGCCAGGGAGGCGAUGCUGGCAGCCACACUCCCGGAGGUCGCUGAUGCGGUGCGGCGGGAAGUCAAUGCUGCACCGCCCAUCUACAGUCUGGUCGUCAUGGAAGUGGAGCCGCCCGUAAUCCCCGGAGCUCAGUACACCACGUCCCCGGCCACGACAGAUGGAACCACCGCUGCUGUUGUGGACGACCCCAGUGCUUCAGGUAUGGACUUCGUGAGCAUCGGCUUGAUUGUGACGAUUGGAGUUGUCAGUUUGCUGGCCAGUGUGGGUGCGGUUGCAGCUGGAGUCAUCCGAAAAUCCAGGGUCAGUGCAGCUGUGGCGCCUGGCGACUUGAACCGCACAGAGCCUCCGACGCCUCUGACGCCUCUGACCGCCAGAGGCAAGCUGCCAGUCAGCCUGCCAGAGUACUGGUCUCCGAAAGAGCUUGGCAAGGGACGCGACGCCAUGGCCUAUGAUCGUGCAUAUUCCAACUUGGCAGUGCACUGUGCCUGGCGGCUCCAGCACGACAGCUGGAACAAGUAUGCCGCUGAGCGAAACGAUGUGCGUCGGCACAUGAACCAGAUUCGAAAAGGAGGAAUCUCUCUGAAGCCUUGGUCCAGCAAACUGGAAGAUGCAACCUUGGCCAUGCCUGGGACGCUCUUCACUGAGGAGGUGGGAGAACGAUACCUGCUACAUGGUACCAGUCCAGAACGUCUCCUGGACAUCCUUCACCAGGGCUUCACCGAGAAGCUUGCCAGUUUAAAAGGUCUCUUCGGUGCCGGCAUCUGCUUUGUGGAAGAUCCCGAGAAGGUGGAUCAGUACACACGGCCAGACCCGGGGCUCGAAACCCCAGGCUUGGAGGAUCUGCACUCUCGCCUCUAUCGCGCAGGUGGCAACAAGCACCCCAACGAGGAUGUGUUCUACUGCUUCAUCGUCCGAGCCUGCUGUGGGGCUUGCUUCCAAACGGAAGGCCUUGACAAUGACAGGCUCCGAGAUGAAGCUACGGCUCAGAAUGUAUUUUUAUCACCGGAUCGAAGGGAACUCUCCAGGGUUCCUGGCACUUCCCCAGCCUUUUCCUACCACACACUCCUUGUGAACUUGGGAACUGGGAAGAGUCGCGCAGCCGUGGCCCGCUUCCGUGAGAUCCAGAGUACUUGUUGGCAUACCGGCGAGUGUGAUUCUGAGGCCUCCAACUUGAGCCUCCAACAUCCGAAGGAUGUGUGGAUGAAGGAUGUCCUUGUGAGCCCUUAG